UCGACCAAUCAGCUGCUGACAGUUGAGCGGAAACGUCAAACCUUAGUCAUCUUUGACCAAUCACCGAUAGGAAACGAGGGUUUCUGUUGUCCACUAUCCCACGUGACCCUCCUCAGUAGUUCCCAGUCGGUCAGAUCUGAGAACUGGAGACUAUGGAUCAGAGGGUCGGGUUGUUCAUCCUUCUGGCGGCAGGUCUUCUCUGCCUCAGUUUGUUACCCAUCUGUCGGGCUGACAACCAUCUUGAGGAUGCCAUCGGUGAUGACGUGGAUGUGGAGGAUGAGUUGGAUCUGGGUUUGGCUGCAGCUGAUGAGGAGGAAGAAGAGAAUGGAGACAUGCAGGAUGAGGCUCCACCUGCACCAAAAUCUCCUCCUACACCUAAGGUGACAUACAAAGCUCCAGAGCCAAUGGGGGAACAUUUCUUUGCGGAGUCUUUUGACCGGGCAACAGCUGACGGGUGGGUGCUGUCCAGCGCUAAGAAGGACGAUGCUGACGAAGAUAUUGCCAAGUAUGACGGUAAAUGGGCAGUAGAAGAGAUGAAGGACACUAAGCUGCCUGGUGAUAAAGGUCUGGUUCUGAAGUCCAGGGCCAAGCAUCACGCCAUCUCAGCCAAGCUGCUGCGACCUUUCACCUUCGACACCAAACCCCUGAUCGUCCAGUAUGAGGUGAACUUCCAGUCGGGCAUUGACUGCGGUGGCGCCUACGUCAAGCUGCUGACUGACACUCCCGACCUGGACCUGGACCAGUUUGUUGAUAAAACUCCGUACACCAUCAUGUUUGGACCUGACAAAUGUGGAGAAGAUUACAAACUGCACUUCAUCUUCAGACACAAAAACCCCAAAACCGGAGAGUAUGAAGAGAAACACGCCAAGAAACCGGACACUGAUCUGAGGACAUAUUUCACCGAUAAGAAGACACACCUGUACACCCUGGUGGUGAACCCUGACAACAGCUUUGAGGUGCUGGUGGAUCAGACAGUGGUGAACAGCGGCAGCCUUCUGUCAGACAUGACCCCUCCUGUGAACCCCCCAGCUGAGAUAGAGGAUCCCGACGACCACAAGCCACAGGACUGGGACGAGAGGCCCAAGAUCCAGGACCCUGAUGCCUUCAAGCCCGAAGACUGGGAUGAGGAUGCUCCUGCUCAAAUUCCAGAUGAGAGUGCUGUAAAACCAGACGGCUGGUUGGACGACGAGCCAGAGUACAUUGGGGAUCCUGAUGCUGUCAAACCUGAAGACUGGGAUGAAGACAUGGAUGGUGAAUGGGAAGCUCCUCAAGUUCCCAACCCUGCCUGUGAGACCGCCGCCGGCUGUGGAGUCUGGAAGCGACCGAUGAUGGACAAUCCCAACUACAAGGGCAAGUGGAAGCCCCCCAUGAUCGACAAUCCCAACUACCAGGGUGUCUGGAAACCCAGAAAGAUCCCCAACCCAUCGUUCUUUGAGGAUCUGCACCCAUUCAGGAUGACCCCUUUCAGUGCGGUGGGACUUGAACUGUGGUCCAUGACCUCCGACAUCUUCUUUGACAAUUUCUUUAUCACUAACGACCGCAACACUGCAGAGCGCUGGGCCAGUGACGGCUUUGGCCUGAAGAAAGCAGCAGAGGGCGCCGCUGAGCCGGGUCUGGCAGCUCAGAUGCUGAACGCUGCAGAGGAACGUCCAUGGCUCUGGGUGGUCUACGUCCUCACUGUGGCGUUGCCACUUGUCCUCAUUGUUGUCUUCUGCUGCACGGGCAAGAAGAAAAGUUCAACAACACCAGCACAAUACAAGAAGACAGACGAACCUCAGCCUGACGUGACGGAGCUUGAGGAAGAUGAAGAAAAUGCUGACGAGGCAGAGAAGAGCAGCCCAGAAGAGAAAAGUGAUGAAGAGGAAAGUCCAGCAGAGAAAGACAAAGAGAAGGAUGUGACUGCUGAUGAGAAGCUGGAAGACGAUGUCCUGCGGAGAUCUCCCAGAAGCAGGAAACCCAGAAAGGACUGAUCUCUCUGAACGGGGACCCCUGACGUCAACUCCCACUCCCUCCAGUCCCCCUCCUACAGUAUCUAACCUCCCCCCCCCCCCAGAUUUCUACUCAUCUGCUCCGAGGUGAAGGUGAAGAGGCCUAAAUGGAUCCUGUGGAAGCAGCAACACCAACAGAAAAAGAAUCAAGAUGUGGUGUUGAUUUGAAUAUGAGCAGGACUGAGUUGGUGUGAUUGAACAAUUUUUUUUCUUCAUGAAAGAGAUUAAGAACCUACCUGCAUCAUUCCUCUUGACUCCAACCCAUGGGACCACCCCAACCUGCUCACCAUCCAGCUCCCCCUAACCGCACCACGCGGCUGCCUAGUCUCCUGACAGACAGAUUAGGUUAGAUACGGUUAGCGGCUUCCCUCCACUUCAGUCUGUUAGUCUUCCCAGAUGAUUAGCGCAUUGACUGUCAGGAUUAUCCUGCAGAUGGCCUGGAUGUGAACCCCCUCUGUCUUGAUAAGAAGCAAAGUAGCAACCAAGCAGUCCAUGAAGCAAAGCUGCGAGUCUUGGUCACUAGUUAAGUCCUGCUGCUACUAAUAACUGUUAAUUGACCUAAUAAUGAAGCCAUCAGCAGGUGUAAUUAGAGAAUUAACCAACCAGAAGUCUUCUAUCUGUCUAAUCAGUCUCUUACCUGCUUAAUGUGACUACAAACAGUCUCUGUGAGCUUGAUUGCCUGAAUUGUCCAUCAAAUCAAACUCUCCAUCAGCUAGCUGUGAUGCGCUAACCUGUGACUGCUUGGUUUGCAGCCCUCACACCUGUUACUAAUUCAACCCAAGAGCAACUUGGUCAUUUGGAAAAUUGGGGCAUCUCCUAACAAAAAAAGUUUAAUUAAGUUAGCAGCUACUAACUGCUAGAUUUUAGAAGCCUAAAGGAUCCAGAGCAGCAGGCUCCCAGCUGAUGUUCCAAAUGAUUAAAACACUCCAGCAGACAACUUUUUUUUUCCCCCUUUAGUUAGUUUGAGUUUGUUGUUCAGUUAUCUCUGAAAUUCAUGGCUCACGUUUUCUGUCCUGUUCUGGUGGAAGCAGGAGAAAGUAAAGUCAAAAGACAGAUACACACUGCCCUUUUAUUUUAGCCCAAACUGAUUAGUCAUUGUGGUGAAAACUAGCAGCAGCAGAUGAGCUUCCAUGACCAAAAAUCCAGAUUUUUAGUCCAGAUUUCAGUCUGAACUGACGAAACUGCAGCUUAUGUCAGUGGACAGACAUGCAUCCUACUCCUGGUUGAUGCACUCCUGACUUUUCCUCCAAUGCAGCUACAAAGAAAUUGUAAAAACUGCUAUCUGGGUUUGGACUGAAAUCUUUGUUGUGGCUACAGGUAGACGAACGCCCGCUCCCUUCCCAUUUGUUGAACCCCAUGCGAAAAAGAAACUGGCACUAAAGGAGGAAAACCUCAGGCGCUUAUUAACCUUGCGUUCGUCUGCCUGCAGCGCGACAACACCUCCACCAGGACGCGUUAAAGUCAUUUGAAUCGGCCUCGAGAGAAGCAAACUCUGGCUAAAUGUGACAAUUGAAUUUCAUUAAAGCAAAUUAGGACUUUUUAAAAGUUGACAAUGUGAAAUAAGAAUCUUAUUGGAACUAAUCAUUUGUUGGUUCAUUGACUCCAUUUAAUCAGAACUAAAAUCAUAAGGAUCCUGACUGGUACAUUUGUGUUGUCUGCUGCUGUUAAUCCUCAAUGAGUCUCACAAUAGUCAUUUAGAGCUAGAUGUGGUUUCAGUCUCCUACCUACUGAACACCAGUGGCAACAACACUAGCUGCAUAGUGCUCUUUGUCCCUCUCCAAUAUUUAUAAUCCCAGAUUUUGGUUUGUAUUUAACGGAUUCUCCAUUUUAAUUGCUGACAGGUGAUUAGCAGAGACACUGAAUGAGGAUGACUAACACUGUUAUUUAAAGGUCUAAAUGCUUCAUACAGAAAUGUGUUGUAACACGAUUAUGACCUGUUCAUGUGCAGCAGUUAAAGUUUAAAAGAGCUGAUGUGUCUGGUUCUGUUGACUCCUAACCUUCCUCUCACUUCGCCAUCAGGACAGGAUUUGAUUAGUGGUAAAACUUUCACACCAGUGGAAUCAUUCUAUGAACUUUGCCGUCAUGGUGCAAACUUGUGUUCAGCUGUAAUGAGGCACUGAAUCUCUGUCUGUUAAUGUGAUGUCAGUCAAGGUUUCAGACCUAGUUUCAGAAAAUCUGAAAGUGCAUGAAAGAAAUGGCCGUAAGUCUGGCCUUGUAUUCAUAAGCUGACGGCUGAUGUUUUUGUAUUAUCUGUUUUUCAGACUUAAGCUUCUCAGUCUAAGUCUGAUUUGUUUGGGGGGGUUCUUUUGUUUUUUUUGUUUUUUUUGGUCCUCUGCUGUAAGCGCAGUGAUUCUGGUUCCAGGAAGUCUGUCCUCAGCAUUUUGCAUUCACACCGAGGUCCUCUGAGCCCCCUUGUCUCUGUUGUGUGCUGGUUGUGUUUGUCUGAAGCUGCCUAGUGAACAGACUGUACUCUGAACACUGUAUCUGCUUGUGAGACUUGGUCUGACUCUGUAACUCUCUACUUUUUCUAUUAUUUGUUGACUUUGUUAAGCUGAACAUCGGGCUCAGGCUGUUUGACAUCCAUGAGAGAUGGGCCUGCUCAUACCCACAGCUUUCAAUAAAAAUACUGUGAUGGAGUUUGUGUGUGUGGGUGGACGGACGGUUUGCUUUGAUGAAUAAAAGGUCAAAUAGAA